UGGGAAAUAGAAGCAUACCAACUUCCUCUAAUUCUCUUUCCGGUCGAAAUUUCCACCAUGGCUGACCAAGAAACCCAAGAUUUGUUGGAAAAGAAGAAGAAGCGUACUUUCAGAAAGUACACUUUCAGGGGUGUUGAUCUUGACCAACUGCUGGACAUGUCUAGUGAACAAUUGAUGGAGUUGCUUUCAGCUAGGGCCCGCCGAAGGUUCUCCAGGGGUCUGAAGAGGAAGCCCAUGGCACUCAUUAAGCGCUUAAGAAAGGCCAAAAAGGAGGCCAAACCCUUAGAAAAGCCAGAGGUUGUCAAAACCCAUUUGAGAAACAUGAUCAUUGUACCAGAAAUGAUCGGCAGUGUUAUCGGCGUAUACAAUGGUAAAACAUUCAACCAAAUUGAAGUCAAGCCAGAAAUGAUCGGCCACUACCUUGGAGAGUUCAGCAUCACAUACAAGCCUGUAAAACACGGUCGACCUGGUAUUGGUGCCACUCACUCCUCACGAUUCAUCCCGCUCAAGUAGACUGUACUUGUUUGUUAAUAAAUAUGUGGGAAUA